AAAAAAGUCUGCGUAACAGUUGCGUUUUAUUUUGAAAGACUUUAGCGGAAAUAUCGAGAGCUGCGAUAGCAGCUUGAUGCUAGUCCACUAACUUGUGUGUGGUCAGUCAACCUAAGCAUGAGGUCCGUUGACUGCGUUUUCGUGUUGGUAACGUUAUACGAUUAAAGAAAAUAUUCUGUCGAAAGUGAUGAUAUGGUAAAUAUUUUUUCCGCUUCGUUUAAUUUUGUUCGCUCAAAACGGAAACACGAGCCUCUGCGGAACAGCUAACUCUUCUCUGUAUCCCUCAUCUCCUCCGACAGCGUCCUGUGAAGGCUGCUAGCUAUGAUGUGACUGUGAUAUCCGCCGUCGAGGGAAGUUAUAAUUGACAUUAUCAUAGCUGAAUGGCUAAAGCACCGGUCUGUCUGGCUUAAUUUAACGCUUGAAUGCUCUCAUUUCGAUAGCCUUUUGAGCUCCGCGUCGGAGGGAACCGCUAUAGUUUCUUGGCGGAAAUAACCGAAGAGAGCGUACCCGCGGUGCUGUAGUUCACACCUAAAAAAGAUGUCCUUCUUCAAUUUUCGCAAGAUCUUCAAACUAGGGCCGGAUAAGAAAAAGAAGCAGUAUGAGCAUGUACACAGAGACGUCAAUCCUGAGGAGAUAUGGGAAAUUAUUGGGGAACUGGGAGAUGGAGCCUUUGGGAAAGUGUACAAGGCACAGAACAAGCAGAAUGGGACCCUGGCGGCUGCUAAGGUUAUCGACACAAAGACUGAGGAUGAACUGGAGGAUUACAUGGUUGAGAUUGACAUUCUGGCCUCCUGCAACCAUCAUCACAUUGUCAAACUGCUGGACGCUUUCUACUUUGAAAGCAAACUUUGGAUUCUGAUAGAGUUCUGUGCAGGCGGUGCUGUCGAUGCCAUCAUGCUGGAGUUGGAGAGACCCCUGACUGAGCCCCAGAUUCGUGUGGUGUGUAAGCAGACUUUGGAGGCCUUGGCUUACCUUCAUGAGAGCAAGAUCAUCCACAGAGACUUGAAAGCUGGGAAUAUUCUCCUGUCCCUGGAUGGAGAUGUAAAACUGGCUGACUUUGGUGUGUCUGCUAAAAAUACCAAGACAUUACAGAGAAGAGAUUCUUUCAUCGGCACUCCAUAUUGGAUGGCUCCAGAGGUGGUAAUGUGCGAAACUUCCAAAGACCGUCCAUACGACUUCAAGGCUGACAUCUGGUCCCUUGGCGUAACGCUCAUAGAACUGGCACAGAUUGAACCGCCCAACCAUGAGAUGAAUCCCAUGAGAGUGCUACUGAAAAUAGCCAAGUCCGAGCCGCCCACACUCAUGAAUCCCUCUCGCUGGUCACCAGAAUUCAGCGACUUUCUGCGCAAAGCACUUGACAAGAAUGUGGACAAUAGGUGGAGUACAGUACAGCUUCUGCAGCAUCCUUUUGUCACCAGUGUAACUGACAGCAGACCUCUCAGAGAACUCAUAGCUGAAGCCAAAGCCGAAGUCACAGAAGAGCUUGAGGACAGCAAAGAGGAGGAGGAAGAGGACGAACCUGAUACACCUCUGGCUGGUCCCGGGCACAAGCGAGCACCUUCUGAUGUCAGUGUGGCCAGCUCAGAAGAUGACAAAGUUCCAUCAACUCCCUCCACUCUUGAGGCUGUUAAAGAAAAGAUGGAAGUUGAGCCUGCUGAGGACCAUACUAGUGAUAAGUUAUCUGAUGAAGGACUUGGAACAAGUGAGGUAGACAAGACUGAGGAGGAGAAAUUAAAUGAGGUGUCUGAUGCCAGUAAUGAAGACCUGGCAUCUGGACUAGUAGAGCCCAGCAAAGAUGUCAUCUCACAUGACUCCACAGAGCCUAAACCAGAAGAGAGUCAAGGUGAAGAGACUUCUGCUGAGCAAGUAGUUUCACAGCCAGAAGAACCUGUAAAUACAACAGACAACCAAGAACUUGUCACAGAAACAGAGGAGGAACAGAAGGAGACAGAAGAAAGGAUAAUGGGUGAUGAAACUACCCAGGUAAUGGAGGAAGAAAAAGAGCAGGGGAAGCAAGAGAAAGAAAAAGAAGCUGGUAAAGAAGAAUCCAGAGAAUCACAAGCAGAACCUGAAGAUGCAGAAAAAACAGAAUCCAUUCCAAGAGAUGAGCCAGAGGUAGAAAAAGAAAGCAAAGAAUCCGAGGAGGAAACGACUGAACCCAAACUAACAGAGAACACAAUGGAAGCCAUGGCUAAUGGCACAGAUGAAAAUGUAAACAUUGAGAAUAUGGAAUCAGAUGGAAGACACACGUUUAUAAAUGAAGACACAAAAUUAAGUGUGGAUGAGUCAUCUGCUGAGCCUAUAGAAACAAAACCAGAAGAGAAGCCUAUGGAUGAGGCCCAUGAGGAGUCACAGCAGCCUGAACAAGAGAGCCAGAUCACAGAGGAAGCUGAGCUAAAGGAACAAGUACCAACUGAGUCUACAAAUGGCAUCUGUGAUGAAGUUAAAGACACCCCUGAGGAUUCAGUGGUCCCACCUAAAGAUUCCUGUGUGAAUGAAGAAGAAGAGAAAGCAACCCACGCAGAUGAGAGCACUUCCCAAGAUGCUGUCUCUGUCCAAGAGAGCGAAACGGAUUCAGAAGCCAAGAUGGAGCAAGGAAGCCCUGCUGUGAUCAGGCCAGAUGUGGAGAAGGAUUCUGACUCUGGGAGCAGCUCUGCUGCUGAUAGCAACAGCCUCGACCUCAAUCUGUCUAUCUCCAGCUUCCUGUCUAAGAGCAAAGAAGGGGGCUCUGUGUCCUUGCAGGAGUCAAAACGACAGAAGAAGACUCUUAAAAAGACACGCAAGUUCAUGGUGGAUGGUGUGGAGGUUAGUGUGACAACAUCUAAGAUAGUGACUGAUAACGACACCAGGAAUGAGGAGAUGAGGUUCCUGAGGCGGCAGGAGUUGAGAGAGCUUCGCCUCCUCCAGAAAGAGGAGCAAAGGGCCCAGCAGCAGCUGAGCGACAAGCUGCAGCAGCAGCGAGAGCAAAUCUACAGGCGUUUUGAACAGGAAACUACUGCUAAAAAGCGUCAAUACGACCAAGAAGUGGAGAAUCUUGAGAAGAAGCAGAAACAGACCAUUGAGCGACUGGAACAGGAUCACACCAGCCGGCUCCGAGACGAAGCCAAACGGAUCAAAGCAGAUCAAGACAAGGAGCUCUCAAAGUUCCAAAACAUGCUGAAGAACCGCAAGAAAGAGGCAGUGGCCCAGGUUAUGAUACAGUCUUUUCAGUUGUCCUCAUGCGCACUCUUCAACGCUCAGAUGCAGGAUGAGCAAGAGUUCCUACAGAAGCAGCAGCAAGACUUGGAUGGAGCUCUAAAGAAAAUCAUCCAGCAGCAUAAAGUGGAGAUUGCCACGAUUGAGAGAGACUGCCUUAACCACAAACAGCAGUUAAUGAGAGCUCGAGAGGCAGCCAUGUGGGAGCUGGAGGAGCGCCAUCUGCAGGAAAAGCACCAACUGCUGAAGCAGCAGCUGAAAGACCAGUACUUCAUGCAGAGACACCAGCUGUUGAAAAGGCAUGAAAAGGAGAUGGAGCAAAUGCAGGGCUACAACCAGCGUCUGAUAGAGGAGCUGAAGAACAAGCAGACUCAAGAGAGGGUGCGUCUGCCCAAGAUCCAACGGAGCGAGGCCAAGACCCGCAUGGCUAUGUUCAAGAAGAGUCUCCGCAUCACCGCCACAGCAUCCAUCACCGCAGAGCAGGAGAGAGAGCGGAUAAAACAGUUUGCUUUGCAGGAAGAAAAGAGACAAAAGGGUGAGAGACUGCACCAACACCAGAAACAUGAGAACCAGAUGAGAGAUUUGCAGCUACAGUGUGACUCAAACAUCAGGGAGCUGCAGCAGCUGCAGAAUGAGAAAUGCCACCUUCUGAUUGAACAUGAGACCCAAAAGCUGAAGGAGCUGGAUGAGGAACACAGCCAAGAGAUCAAGGAGUGGAGAGAGAAGCUAAGACCAAGGAAGAAGGCGUUAGAGGAGGAGUUCACACGGAAGCUCCAGGAGCAGGAGGUUUUCUUCAAGAUGAGUGGUGAAUCUGAAUGCCUUAAUCCAACCACUCAGAGUCGAGUAUCCAAAUUUUAUCCCAUCCCAAACCUGAAUAACUCUGGCUUGUAGCCUAAUGUUCGUCCGUGCUGCAAAGCAGACUGCUGUCAAACUCUGCUCUCAAACUUGACUCCUCCAGAGUUUAAAAAGGAGUGGAGUUUGAAGGACGAGCCGAGGCGUCAUUUCUCUGACCGCUAACUGAAAAACGUGAACACGUUUCACUACUUAAGUUCCACCAUUCGCGAGCAUGACGUGCCUACACACCGUUCCAUUACUUAAUUGGGUUUCCUCAGCUUGCUGGGAAGACUCUAAAUGAAUGAUAUGCACUUGUUUUGAGCAUGUUCAGAUUUUUAAAAGUCUGCGGUUGGUAGCUGAGGUCAGUCAUGCUUUUCAGAUUAUUAUCGUUAAGCUCAGCUCUGCUACAAUAUGAAUAAUCUCCAGUGCCUCGUGUUCUUUUUUUCUCUGCGUUUAGGCCCUUCCCUGCAUUUUCUGCAGCUUGCAGUAAAUAAAUUCCCACCUGAAUGUUUUGCACUUAAAAAACUGGUUAUCAAUUCUGUGCAUAAUCACAAGAUGUCAUGAGAUCAGUGUAAUUGAUUCACACAAGCUGGUUAUCAAAGACUGCUCUGAGAUUUAGUUUGGCUGCAUGUAGUAGUAGACCUUGCUGAAGGGCGACGGAGUCAAAAGACAACCAUGUAUAGAUGUAAGACUUUGUUAUGUCUGUGUAGUCUUCUGUGCACAGUGUCUGAUGUCUAACGGGAGUUAAAAUGUUGGGAUCGGGAGGCUGUGAGUUCAGAUGAAAAAUAAUGUACUGUGUUGUAGGUGUGUACCUAGAUAUGAGGUUUAAAUAAAUACUGUGCUUGCCAGAAGCAUUUCACCAUCUUAAGAGAUGAAUGAACAAAAAAUAUAUCUGUUGAUUUAGCACAUAAUUUGAUUUCAGUGCCGGUCAGCAAAACACAGAGGUGGCCUGUUGGGUUGGGGUUUUUAAGGUUGUUUUUUGUUUUUUUUGACGUUAACUAAAUCAGUUCUCCCUUUGACUUUGAGCAGCAAUCUCACAAACUAAUGACGUCUUGUAAAGAAUAAUUACCGAAGGAAUGUAGAGCUUUUGAUUUGCACUGUAUUGCCACAUGAGCUAAAGAAAAAAAAUAUGCAGUAGAAAAUUUUGCCUCACCAAAGCCUAAUCAAACUCCAAGCUGAAUUGUUUCAACAUAUUGUUUUCCUUUUAUUAAAAUUACUUUUAGCUUCUUCUUUUUUUUUUUUUUUUUCCUUUUUUUCAAAUAUGCCCUUAGUAUUUUACAGCCAUGCCUAAUCGAAGCCUGUAUUCCUGGUAUGCUGUAAUCGCUCUUCAUGGUGAACUUUUGCACUUGUUGAGAGCAGUCCUUUAACUGUACGAGUUUCAGUGUGUGAGGAGAUGCCCUCUGCUGCGUUUUACGAUAAAGUAUUGAUGGUUCACAACAAGAAAUUACUGUAGUUUCAUUUGCCACCAUAUAGCAUCGAUGCAUGUUAUAAUUUCUGUAUGCUUAUAUAUAAACAUUGAUUUGAUUUUUGUCAUAAAUGCUGGAUUUUUAUUGGAGUUUCUGGAGGCUGUCAUGUGAAUUACACCAUUCGACCAAUAGAUUUCAAAUAUUUUUUUUAUUUUGUUAUGUUACAGCAUUUUAAUGUUUCAUUCUAUCACAAUGAAUAUUCUUUAGUAUAUGCAUUUUUUAUGUCAGAUGAAAUGUAUUUAAUGUGUCUUUAUAUAUGGACAUUUUUUUUUCUUGUAAAUAAAAUAUUGACUGUU